CCACCAAAAAUCAACCUUAAUAUGGAAGAUGAGGCACAACUUGUGACAAUGAGAAAAACUCUGAAAGUCACAAAGCCUCGUUUUGAUGCAUCCCUGGUUUACUUGACCCGAAAAUUCAUGGAUCUUGUCAAAAUUGCUCCAGAUGGUGUUCUUGAUUUGAAUGAAGUAGCAACAACUCUAGGGGUACGAAAACGAAGAGUAUAUGACAUCACCAAUGUAUUGGAUGGAAUCCACCUAAUUAAGAAAAGAUCUAAGAAUCUUAUCCAGUGGGUAGGAUCUGAUCUCGAUCAGGUUGCUGGAAAGGCAACACAACAGCAAAGGCUUAGAGAUGAACUUUCUGAUCUUUCAACAAUGGAAGAAGCUCUGGAUGAAUUAAUUAAGGACUGUGCUCACCAAUUGUUUGACUUAACAGAUGACAAAGAAAACACAAAACUAGCUUAUGUGACAUACCAAGAUAUUCAUAGCAUUAAGGCCUUCCAAGAACAGAUUGUUAUGGCGAUCAAAGCUCCAGAGGAAACAAAACUAGAAGUGCCAGCUCCUAAAGAAGACUGUAUAGAAGUACGUAUAAAGAGCACAAAGGGACCCAUUGAUGUAUAUUUAUGUGAAGUGGAGCAAGAUAACCUAGGUGCCAAAACGUUUGAAGAUAUGGAUACCCUGACAUCAGAAACUAAAUGAGCAGAGCCUCUUGAUGAAGAUUGAGAUUUUGAAUCAAUUUAAAAGAUGAAGAACCAUUGGAAUGCCAAGUCCUGUACUGAUUAUGAAUAUAUGCACUGCAGAAUUCCCUAAGAAAGACACUUGGAACUAUGAACAUGCUCAACUUUAUAAUUCUCUGAAAUGUUUUUCAAACUUAAAAUGGCAAUAAUUCAGUUGAGUGCUUUCACACAAUUGUCUUCAGUUGCUUCUGUCCAAAAGAAGGCAAUGUGAGGAGCCAUUUUUAGAAGCAUUUUCCUAUACACUUGUGCAUAAUCUGCAGUGUUUUGAGGGACAUGGCCUUGUUUUACUGUUUUUUUUUAAAUUAAAUGUGAGUGAUAGUAAAUGUGGACAAGAAACUAUUUAAAAAAAUGAAGAUUCUUUAAAGCUGCAUCUGGGAACAAAACAUCAAAACUUGGUCCUGUGAGACUAUAGAUAGUAAAGAAAUGCACUUUUAAUUCUGAAGCUGGAGUUUCACUAAACAGGACUGUUAAAUAUAAUGUAAGAAUCCAGAACUGGAGUAUUGCAGGGCUUUUCUUACCCAUGAGGAAUAUAAGACAAGUAAACAUCAUGAAAAAUUAAAGCUAUGACUUACACUGUGCAGAUGCUGAUUACUACAUCCAACUCAGCAAGUAACAAUGGUGUGAACAAUGAAGUUAAAAACAGUGGCCUCUAUGUAAAUAUUUGUAUCAUGUAUAGAUUAACAAAAUGAAUUGCACUUCUGCCUUUGUACAGCAAAAACUGAAAUAAACUUGUAAAUAUGAAAAGUGAUCAGUCUAAC